CUCCACUCCACCCUCUUUCCUGGGCACUUUCGAAGUGGUGACUGCAUAUUCCUAUUGUUUUGAUUCUACUUGCCAGAAGAGCCUGCCCCCCCACAUCCCCUCGAAUCUUUCCCCAAAAUGGUUAUCCCUAAUGUCAAUGACGGGGACCUCAAGUUUCCACCUCGUACAUACCAAUCACUUGAAGAGAUCAAUCCAAACAUCGAAUUUCUGAGUCGCCCUCAGCGCCCUGGAUUCCAGGGGCCACCACUGGCUCCUUCAGCUAACAUCGCCGAGCCUCCAGUGAUAAAUUAUUUUUCGACCGACGGUCUACGUCCCCUUCAACUUGUCAAACCUGAUUAUCGAUCUACGAUUCUGGACGAUUGGACAUGGGAGGCAUUCUCAAUCGGUGUUGGCGCAGGAGCUCUCCACGUCAUCUUGGCUGAUCUCAACCAUAACAACAAAAAGCUGAUUUUGUGUUUCGAAGUGUUUUUCUACUUUACCAAUGUGAUUUCGUUCUUGUGCAACAUGGGAAUUAUGUUGAUGCAGUAUAUACGUGAACCACGGAAACUCAGGACUGCAUUUGAAAGCGCAGAAAAAAGUCCAUUUAUGCUACUUGUGCCAAUAAAUUUGGCAGCUGUUUGUAUCGGCUCGUUCAGAUAUGGACUUGCAUCAGGUUGGCUGGAGUGGGGUGGUGCCAUUUGUUGGUUCCACUGUUACAUCGUGUUACUAUUCAGCGUCCUAGCAUCCCACUGUCUCGUGUGGUUUAAGAUUCCGCAUUUUCUUGACGAGUUGCAGCCAAACUUUUAUCUACUCCCCAUACCUAUCCUCUUGACAGGAGUCAUGGCCGUACACCUUUUGGAUACCAUGCCUGUAGAAAAUGGACAAUCUUUACAUACUCUGGUGGCUGGAUAUCUUUUUGGAGGCUUUGGAAUCGCAUUAGCAAUAUUUUAUCUGUUCACAUAUUUCUUGAGAAUGAUUCUCCAUGGCCAUGGUAACGGAGACCAGACAGCUGGGUCAAUUCUAGUGGCGGGAAUGCUAGGGUUUUCUGCACAUGUAAUGAUUGGUUUGGGGAAAAACUCUAGAGUGAUUUUUUCUGAUUCCCGUAACAUAAAACUGAACGACACCCUCGGUGAAGUUUGGUAUGGUAGCGGACUCCUGACUGGUUUAAUCCUGUUGGGAUUAAGUUUGGCAGUGCUCUUUAUGGCAGUCUCUAACUCAUGGUGGAAAGCAGCCCGUAACCCUCGACCAAACCUUACGCUUUGGAUGAUAAGCACCACGUGUUGCAGUUGGGCCAUCACCAGCGCUUGUAGUUCUCUCUACGAAACCUUCGAGUCAACCUGGCUGCGAGUAAUUCAAAUAUUUUUUGUCACCGGUGGUAUCGCUUUCUAUCUAGCAAUACUUCCAUUGAUGAUUAUCAGAUACUUCAAAAAAAUCGGAAGAACCCAGACUGUUUCGCGCAUUUUCCCACCCACUCGAUUCGCUCCGCACAGUCCUGACCACAAUCGAAAUGCGGGACCACCGGAAUCGUUGAAUCAACAUCACAAGUUCACACCAAGAACUCGUCCGAACUCCCAUCUGGAGUGUCGCUCAAGCAUCUCCAAGAAUUCUCCACUUCGAAACUCAGUCAUAAGUCAAGAUACUUUAUUCAAAAACUGAAACUAGUUUAAUGCGUAGGCCAGCAGGAAAUGAUGCUUGACUCCACCUGAAUCUUCUCCGUGAUCUCUUGAACUCCCUGAAUUAUCACUUAGACUCUAGAAACACGUAAUGUCUUCAAAUACUGGCCGUUUAAUCUGUAAAAAGAGCAUUCAUGAG